CCACUAUUUCCCUUUUCGCGAUUCGACGGCGUUGUACGGUCGUGUAGUCGUCUAGUCUCGUCGCCGCCGUCGUUUAGCGUACAUUCGCGGACGCAUAUUUUUAUUAUUAUUUUGUUUUGUUGUUUUUUUUUUUUUUUUUUUAUUCGAUUAUUAUUUUUCUCCGUUCUCUCGUCCAGUAUUGUCCGCGUUCUUUGUGUUCGCGUCGCCGUCCAUGCUGUGUCACUACUCCGCCAUGGCGUCCGAUUCGCGUCUGUGAUAUUCGACGUCACCGGAUUUCGCGUGCUCGGCAUCGUUCGUACCUCCUUGCAUUACUCGUCCGUAAAAUAAAAAUCGUUUAUUAUAAUAUAUUUAUAGUAAAUAUACUAUCCCAUACACACCCAAACCCCUUUACCCAAUCUAUAUAGUAUACUAUAUAAAUAAGUAUUUGUGUUUGAUAUUAUUGUAAUAUCAAAACCUGACGAGACGAUGGAAGGUAGCAGUAGCAGUAGCAACAACGACGCGAGUGAGUCAAAAUCCGGGUGCGGUUGCAGCAGUGCCGCGGUGGACAAUAACAACGACGCGACGGCCGCGGCCGCGGCUGCAGCGGCAAAGACGGCAAGAAGGACGGCUGCCCUUGUGGCGGCUAAACGAGCGGCGAAAACGGCCGCUUUCUUAGCGUCGGCCGCCCAAGAACAGCGACACCGGGAAUAUCUGGCGAUACAGGCCGAGCGGGAACAGCAGAAGAACAGGACGGGGAUGACGACGCAAGCCGACGACCAUCAUCAGGCGGCCGCUAGCAGCAGCGAUGACCCGGCCGACGCCGCGGUCGGCGCCCGUGACUACGACCCGAACGAUCCGGACCCCGAAGGAAAGAUCUUCGCCGCUGCCGUUCGCGCUGUUAUGUCCGAACACGCUGCCGCGGAGGAGUCCGAGAUCACGAUCACCGUCUCGCCGACCACCGGCGGCCAGUUCGACCUGUCCGUGCUCAAAACCGAUUCGGUGGAAAGUCUAAAGAAAGUGAUCUCCAAACGUCUGAGAGUUCCCAAAGAGCGGAUAUGUCUGUUGUACCGCGAGAGGCAACUUAGAGAUGGCUCGUUGGACGACAACCAGUUGAUGCAAGGAAGCCGCCUCACCCUAUUGCCCAGCGUGGAAACCGGUCUUCUGGUUCAGAGACCAGAACAAAGUGUGAUGCAGGCGUUGGAAAGUUUGAACGACUCUCAGGUCAACGAUUUCCUAUCGGGCAAAGCACCAUUAAACCUUACGAUGAGACUGGGCGAUCACAUGAUGCUCAUCCAGCUGCAAUUAUCGACCGUAUCUUCUUCUGGUUCGUCGAAACGAUUGCAGACCGCCGCUUCGACCGUGGCCAGCACUGGUGCAGCGGCUACACUAAACGCGUCGACCGUGGCUCCCGAACCACCCCAGGCCACCGCGACGGCGGCCACCGCGUGUUCUGCCGGCAACAUCAUCGGCACCCCUAGACUGAUCCCCGGCGUGGACGCUUACCCAAUUACCCGCGUCCGUAACGUAUCCGACGACAGCGACGACAACUCGAUGGAUACGACCGAGGACGUGUCACCCCCUGCCCCAUCACCGAUUGUCGCCGCGGCCGCAGCAGCCGCAGCAGCAGCAGCAGCCGCCGCCACAGCUGCAGCAGCCGCAGCCGCAGCAGCCGCUGCUGCUGUACCAACACCCGCACCAGUUGCGGCGCCCUGUUCGUGCGACGCGAGCACGUCGACCGCAUCCACCAACACGGCCACGGCCACGGGAGACAAACCGCAACUCGACACCCGAGCACUCGCCGAGGCUUCGCGGAACCUUACUCAGACCCUGAAACAACUGUCUUCGGAAGUCCUCACCACAAAAAGCGGUUCAAAAGAGAUGCACAUUGGGUUCAAACGAAGGCCAGGUGCAAUAAUCGAGAGCAUGCAACAUCACGGAAAAGGCGUUUACUCUGGAACGUUUUCUGGCACCUUAAAUCCAGCCUUGCAAGAUCGCUUCGGCCGUCCAAAACGUGACAUUAGUACCAUCAUACAUAUACUCAAUGAUUUACUGUGUGCUACACCACAGUACAGAGCUGCUGCUAGAUCAGGCACACCAGCUGUCUGUACAGCAACUACACUUUCUCCUGCUGCUGCAGCUGCCCAAGCAGCUACACCAUUUUCUACCGCAAAUAGUAUGUCUGCCCAAACAUCUACUAAUUCUGAUAACACCGAGAGUGAGACCAAAGAAAAUGCAGCUACUCGUGGAAAAAUGGAACGAUUACGUUUGAUUAUGGAAGAGAAACGUGAAAGACGUAGGGCUGGUCGCAACGUGCCUUAUGAUAAAACUAAAGCAGGGACACAGUGGUCAGCAAAGUCAGAGACCCAGAGUGUUGCUCCUUCAGAUCCCCCUGCAGAUCCAACAUUACCUCCUGAACAAGUUGUUGUUUGAAAUACAGCUCCUGAGGACAUGAAUAUUUUGUGAUAUAAAUAAUAAUCCCCACCAUUGUUUGAAUUUUUUUUUAAAUAUGUAUAUUAUAUAUUUAUAUAAUGCAUAAUAUAUAAUAAUACAUAUACAUUUAUAAAAAUAGAUUUAUCAACAAAUAUGGUCAGUUAUACUUUAGGGUGCAAUAUUAAUAUUGAUUAAUUAUAAAGAUAGAACCUUCUUUAAAUAAAGUAGAAUCAUAAUUUAAUCUGUACCAAAAAAUUUUUUCUAAUUGAUACAACAAAUAAAAAUUAUGAGCAGUUAAUAGACAAAUUCAAAACCAAUCGUCCAUAACUUUAAAAAAAUAUAUUUGUAAAGAAACUGUAUAGUAUAAUGUUUAUAUUUAUAAAUACCUAAUUUGUUUUAAGUGAUUUUUUUCUAGGGAGUUUAAAUAUCAGAUGAUAAGAAAACAAAUUGCGAUUUAUUACCUCAAAUUUCGUGAAUGUAAAAAUUUGUAGAUGUUUUUAGAAUUUUAAAUAGAUACUGAAUUUUGUCUCGUCAAGUUUUAAUGACAUAUUAUAUAUGUGUAUAUAUUAUUAUAAAUCACGCGUGUCUGGUUAUUAGUAUUCGUAUGGUUAAUGAAAUUGAAAAAAAAAAAAUAAAAAAAAAUAAAAAUAAUGCUUAAAGAUUGAAUAUUUAUUAGGGUAAUUAUGUACGAGGAAAGUAAUAUUUAAGUCUUGUUUGACCAAUAGGGGUUUUUUUUUAUUCAUUUCUACAUAAUAAAUUCAUGAAACAUAUAAUAUUAUUCAAAACAAUGUUUUUUUUUCUGUUAAUUUGUAUAUUUAAAAAAGAAAAGGAAAAAGUUAAACUGACUGUUUUUUAUAUGAUAUUUAAAUAUUUUACCUGCUUUUCCUAAAGUUUUAAUUUUACUGUGUAAUAUGUAUCAUAUUUUGAUACGAUUAAAUAAAUGUUCAUAGAGUA